ACUGAAAUAAAAAAGCGAAUCACGAUUUUGGAUUUUCUAAUCUGAGACUGAGAUGAGUAGCAGCAGCACCAUGGCUUUGUCACCGGCGAUCGCUGCCACCGUUCGUCCUCCGUCCUCUCACGACUGUCUCUCCUCUUCCGCCACUAUAGCUACCACCACAACCACCCCCAUGUCUCUCAAAUCUUGCAUCGCUGCACCUCUCCCGCUCUCCACUCCCCAAUCUCGAAUCAAACGCUCAAUCUCAAGAACAACUCCUCGAUUCACGAUUCGAUGCGGUGUCGCAACGAAAUCCGCUGAUUCGGUGAACUUAGACGCGUCCUCGGCGUCAUCAUCGGAGGAAGAAAUCGAAGCGAAGGCGAAGAUAGGAUCUAGGGUUAGAGUAACGGCUCCGUUGAAGGUUUAUCAUGUGAACCGAGUACCAGAGGUUGAUUUGGAAGGUAUGGAAGGUAAACUCAAAGAUUACGUCUCUGUUUGGAAAGGGAAACGAGUCUCAGCUAAUCUUCCCUAUAAAGUUGAGUUCUUUAUAGAGAUUGAAGGUCGUGGUCCUGUCAAAUCUGUCUCUCAUCUUAAAGAUGACGAGUUCGACUUCAUCGAUCAGUGAUUGAAAUGGAGAAUGGAGAAUGAUUUGUAUGUAGUGAUGUGUAUACCCUUUAGCUAAUCAUAUACAUAAGGUUUCUUUACUCUACAUUUGGCUUUAAUCUUUGUUGUUACUGUGAGGUUAGAUUGGGAGAAAUGAAGAGUUGGGUCUUGUCAAAGUUUAAAGGUUUAGUAUCGAUUUUGUUGGUCAAGAUCAUAUCGAUCUGACCGCCUAAUAACAUGUUUUAUUUUUGUAUUGAUCUUCAGAAAACUCAGGACUCGCAGAAUGAUUUGUCAGCUUUGUUUCUUUCUAAAGAGAAAGCAGCUUCUUCGCCUUGCCUUGACAAAGAAAGAUUUGAUUUGGAUUCUAUACAUAUUGACAAAGGCCUACGGGAUGAGGCGUGGUUUCUUAAAGCUUGUGGUACUAUACCGGAGACACCUAUUGAAAUUAGGAAAGCAUCCCAAAACCUAAGUAGUCCUCAACAUUCUGGAUCUUCCCAUUUUCACUCAUGGAUUUCCAGUAGCUCUGCGAUGGGGUCUCAUUUGGCUGAAUCCCCAACCCCCACGAAAGCUUGUGAAGAGGUGGGAAGACCAUCAUUUACUUCAGAGCAAACACCUAGCAGUUGUGUAAUCGAUGUCCGGGACCUGCAGCUGAUGUCAACAUGAUGGGAUAUGCUAACAUGGAACAAGUAACAUCCGGUGUUCACUUCAGGCUCAGAGCUCGCACUUUCAUCGUGGCUGAGCAUCUUUAUGCUCUCUUAUUUACUCACACUUUUAAACUUGACAAGUUAACGAUCAUGGUGCGACUUUUUUUCAGUAGUAAAAACUACAGAAACAUCUUAAAACAUUUAUACUACUUUUUUCCCAUUUUUAGAACAUCUUAAACAUUUAUACUAUUUCUAAUCUGUUUAAUC